GCCAGGCCAGAGACCCCCGAGACGACCUCCGCCCACUCGGCCAGCCCAGAGCCGGAGGAGCCCGCCCUCGCCGCCCCAGCCACUCGGGCGGAGAUGUUCAAAUCACCCCUGCAGAAGGCGGAGUACCUCAAUGGACCCGACCAGGUCAUCCCGACCGACCGCCUCAAGACGUGGGAGCCGAACGGCACAACCAAGCUGAAGAUCGGCGACCAGGGUGUCUCCGCCCACACGCCCGUGUCUGUACCAACGCUGCUGAAAAAGGCUGCGGAGAAGUUUCCCACCACCAACGCCCUCGCAGUGAAGCGAGAUGGGGCCUGGAAAUUCACCACUUACGCCGAGUACUACCAGCAAGUCCGCACAGUGGCUAAAGCCUUCAUCAAGCUCGGCCUCCAGCAGUACCACGGGGUGUGCAUCCUGGGCUUCAACUCCCCCGAGUGGUUCAUCUCCGACCUGGCCGCCGUCUUCGCUGGGGGCUUCGCUGCCGGAAUCUACACCACCAAUUCUCCUGAAGCUUGUGAACACUGUGCCAAAAAUUGUGAAGCUCAGAUAUGGGUGGUGGAAGAUCAGAAGCAGUUGGACAAGGUCCUCAAGAUCCGCGGCCGCCUCCCAUCGACGCGGGCGAUCAUUCAGUACAGUGGGAAGCCCACUGUGGAGGGCGUGCUGAGUUGGGAAGAUGUCGUGACGCUGGGGAAGCAGCAGUCAGACAGCGAGCUGGAGGCCAGGUUGCGGCGCAUCGCGGUCAACCAGUGCUGCACCCUCAUCUACACCUCCGGCACGACUGGCCCCCCAAAGGGCGUCAUGCUCAGCCACGACAACAUCACCUGGACGGCCCACGCCAACUGCAUCAACGCCGACUUCCACUCUGGAAGGGAGGUCAUCGUCAGCUACCUGCCCCUCUCUCACGUCGCCGCACAAAUGGCCGACUUGUACAUCACGAUGUAUGCGGGAGCGACGUGCUACUUCGCACAGCCCGACGCCCUGAAAGGAAGUCUUGGGCAAACCCUCAAGGAAGUCCGUCCAACACGAUUCCUGGGCGUCCCUCGCGUCUGGGAGAAGAUUUAUGAGAAGAUGAUGGAAGUCGGUCGCAAGACAACAGGAGUCAAGAAAUCGAUCGCCACUUGGGCCAAGUCUGUCGGGCUGGAGACCAGUAUGCGCAAGCAGCAGCAGGACUUCUCUAAGUCUUGGGGCUACUCCAUCGCCAAUGCAGUUGUUUUCAAGAAAAUCAAAGGAGUCCUUGGGCUGGACAGGUGUGAAUUGCACUUGUCAGGGGCUGCUCCCAUCUCCCCAGAUAUUGUGCGCUACUUCCACAGUCUGGACAUCCCUCUGACGGAGAUUUAUGGCAUGUCUGAAUCCUCCGGCCCCCACACCAUCGGGCUGGAGAAGGCCUUCAAAAUGGGCAGCUGCGGGCGCACGGUGCCUGGCUGUUACACGAAGCUCGACAACCCGGACGCGGAGGGGAACGGAGAGGUGUGCAUGGGCGGGCGACAUGUGUCCAUGGGGUACUUGCGCAUGGAAGAGAAGACCCACGAAGCGAUCGACGACGAGGGCUGGCUGCACUCCGGGGACAUCGGGAAGCUGGACAGCGAUGGCUUUUUGUAUAUCACGGGACGCAUCAAAGAACUCAUCAUUACAGCUGGAGGAGAAAAUAUUGCUCCAGUUAUCAUUGAAGACAACUUGAAGGCGGAAUUACCUUCGCUAAGCAACAGCAUGCUUAUUGGUGACAAGCGGAAGUUCCUGUCUGUUCUUCUGACACUAAAGACCAAUAUGAACCUGGACUCCGGGGAGCCUCAAGACACACUCAGUCCGGCUUGCAUCGAUUGGUGUCGCAGCGUAGGGUCGUCCGCCAACACCAUACAGGACAUCCUCGCAGGACCCGAUGCCAAUGUAAUGCGUGCAAUCCAAGAGGCCAUUGAUCGGGCUAAUAAACUGGCUCCUUCCAAUGCUCAGAGAAUUCAGAAGUGGACUGUGCUGCCCAAAGACUUUUCCUUGCCUGGCGGGGAGCUCGGGCCCACCAUGAAGCUAAAGCGACCAGUAGUUUUACAAAAAUACAGCGAGACGAUAGAAAGAUUCUACGAGGGUUAACAUUCUUGUAGUCAUCGAGCCCCUUCUACCUUCUAUAAACAUGUUUUCUGUUACCGAAAAGAGUAUAUUUUUGAAUGGAGCAGAAGCAUGAGCUUAUUCACUUUGAGGAAACCAUCCACGUGUUUCUUCGUGUGCACAUCAAAACGAAGCAUGUAGCUAUAAGUAUCCCAUGGUGCAUUUAAUUUGAAGAGUAGAUAUUAAAAAUAUACUUUUCAUGUAACUGAUCUUGCCAUAUGUGUAUAUUUAUAUAUUGCCAUACAACCUACGGAUGUCACCGAUUCUUCAGGGGGAAACCUUACGUGUAUUUACUUAAGCUCCUUAUUCUCUGACGUUUAGCAGGACUGUGCAUUUUCUCAUUCAAACAGAAUGCAUUAAUUCACAGUAACAUGUACAAUGUCCCAGACACGUAUGUUCCGCCAGAUUAAACUGUAAAUAUUUUUCUGCAUACUGGAAACUGGGACCAAAGUGUUCCUCUUCAAGAACCUGGAUGUUGAUUCUUAGCUAGUUCAGUCGAGUAAACCUUCUGGGCUAGGUUUACGUUCACGGAAGUGGCAUUGUGCAAUUCAACGAGGUUCUUAUGAUGAAAGGUUUGUACCCGCACAAGUUCGUUUAAUUUGAAUUAA